AUGAGUAUCCUCGGUAAGGGUAGCUUUGGUGUCGUGAAGCUCGUCCGAAAGGUCGUUCGAGAUAAGUACGUCCGAAGAAAGUUCAAUGAGGUGUACGCCAUGAAGAUUAUUCGAAAGUCGGACAUGAUACGAAGCUGUCAAGAGGGUCACUUGCGGGCGGAAAGAGACUUUUUGGUCGCCGCCUCAGAUUCCGAAUGGAUUGUUCCCUUGCUGUUCAGCUUCCAGGACAUGGCGAAUCUCUAUCUUGUCAUGGACUACAUGCCUGGGGGCGACUUCCUAGGCUUGCUGAUUCGAGAAAAAGUGCUCAGCGAGUCGCGGACACGGUUUUAUAUUGCCGAGAUGAUACUCUGUGUCGAGGAAGCGCACAGGCUAGGUUGCAUUCAUCGGGAUGUGAAGCCCGACAACUUUCUCAUUGGCGCUGACGGUCAUCUCAAGAUCUCAGAUUUCGGCCUUGCGUUUGACGACCAUUGGUCUCACGACACUUCGUACUACAGAUGGCAACGACAAGGGCUGCUCUCGAAACAGACAUUCGCCCUCAACGGAGACUAUGAAGAUCGAAAGUCAAAUUCGGAUCCAGCACAAAAGCAGAGCUCAUGCCAGCUGAACUUUACACGACACGAGCCUCCUUUCCAAGUUGUCCAAGGCAGCAAGCUACUCCUCAGGGAGCGACUGGGGCAGGAGAACAGGAACGGAAACAAUCGUCCACGUGGUUCCUCAGACUGCCUUCUGGUCGAUGAUCUUCUCAACUGGAGAGCCACUGCCACGCGCCGGUCGCAUGCUCGCUCCGUUGUGGGCACCAGCCAGUACAUGGCUCCAGAAGUCGUCAUGGGUGAGAGCAUCGGAAUCAUUCUUUAUGAAUGCCUUUAUGGGUAUACGCCGUUCAUCUCUGAUAAGGGUCGCCAGUACACCAAGAAGAACAUCACCAAAUUCAGGGGACCCUUGGCUUUUCCCGAGGAUCCUCCAGUAUCAGACGCAUGUCAAGAUCUGAUUAACUGCUUGCUUCGAGAGAAGCAUCACCGUCUUUCUUCUCCGCAGUAUCGUGACCAAGAAGGUCUCCUCCGGCGCCAGUACGUGUUUCCGAACGAUGCUUCUGAUAUCAAGAGGCAUCCGUGGUUUCGAGGGAUCAAAUGGUCUGAAUUACGUGAACGAACGCCACAGUGGCUGCCCCUAAUCCGCGGCGACCUAGACACCCGUUAUUUCGAAGAAGAUGAGCCCAUCAGUGACUGGUCCGAGUCAUCAAGUACUGGUGGUCAAGAUGUAGUAGAUGGGAACGAGGUCAUCCCCGACCAAAUCUGGCUUAAACUAAGAAGAUCCCUUGCGGCCUGUGAUUACAGAGAAGAACACGUCGCUUUUGUAAUCAAUGCCAUCAAGCAGCCUUAUGACUCAACGCGGCUCAAGCAGAUUGAUCGCGACAUUGACGAAUGUUUCUCAAGGCUGAGUUACGAUGGGAAGAAUGGCUUGAAAGAGUACGUCAGGAAGUAUGGUCAAAAGGAACGCAAGCGACCCAGGGACAUGCUGCUCAGGGACCCGGACACGAAAGAUGAAGUGAUGCAGCUGAGGAAGCAAACGGCAUUUCUGGGGUAUUCGUGGCGCAAGCCUCGAAGCAGGCUCCGGCCGGCUCCCGCACAGUAUGACGCUGAACCAUACCAUGCUGUAUUGCAGGGCGAAACGUUCGGGUACCCUUCGAAGAUUGAAAGCCUGCAACCGGCUCAAACAUUUUGA